CUCUACACGUUCUGCGUGGCCGUCGCCAUCGGCAGCCUGGUGCAGUGCGCGGAGCUGUCGCAGCUGGAGGCGCCCUACUGCCGGUUCACGUCCGGGACGAUGAUCACGAUCCAGUCGGUGAUCAACGUGGUGACGGACUUCUACGUGCUGCUGCUGCCGAUCCCGCGGCUGCUCAAGCUGCAGGUCAGCCGGCGGCGGCGGAUCGGGCUGCUGGUGACGUUUAUGAGUGGACUUGGAGCCUGCGCCGCUAGUCUGGCGCGGCUGGUGAAUUUCCAGCUGAACGACAGCUCGGAUGUGUUCUGGACGACGGGGCGGAAUGCCCAGUUUACAAUCGUCGAAAUGAACAUCGCCAUCAUCGUCGCCUGCGCCACCUCCUUCCCCAUGUGCUUCGCGCGCCUCCGCUCCCUCACCUCCUCCUUCUACAACUCGGCCGUCUCCCUGCUCCAGAGCGGGAGCCGGGAGACGCCCAAGGUCAGCGAGACCGGGGACGGGGGGCCGCGGAGCCACCUCUCGAGUAAGCGGCGGCCGGGGAGCCAGAAUUGGGAACGGCUGAAGACUGGCAAGGGGGGUGGGCGGAUGGACUCGCAGGAGCUGGAGUUUUUGACGGAUAAUCCGGUGUAG